AUGAAGAUCAUUUACAUCGGCGUCUUUAUGACGGAGGUGAAGGCUAAGGACGAUGAGGCCGUCGAGCUGGUCAAGGAGCAGGCUCUCGACUCGUUCAACUAUUUCACCCGCGGCAGUAUCAGUCAGUUCGCAACCUUCUGCGGAGGUCAGAUCGCGAAGCGCACACGAGUAGGACAACAGCAGAGUGUUGAAGAGAAAGAGUACAUGUUUCAUGCGUACAGCCAGCAGCCGGGCAUUUGCGGCAUGGUCAUCUCCGACGUCGAAUACCCCAACCUCGUAGCCCAUUCGCUCCUCAAAAAGGUCGUCGACGGCUUCCACACCAAAUAUCCACGCAGCGCCUAUGCCAACGCCACCAAGGACAGCCCGAAGCUGUCGUACCCUGAGCUCGCCGACUACAUCAAAAAGUACCAGGACCCACAGCAGGCGGACAGUAUUAUGAAGAUUCAGAAGGAGUUGGACGAGACCAAGAUUGUACUGCACAAGACUAUUGAAAGUGUGCUGGAGCGUGGGGAGAAGAUUGACACGUUGGUCGCGAAGAGUGAUGGGCUUAGUGCUCAGAGCAAGAUGUUCUAUACACAGGCCAAGAAGCAGAACUCGUGCUGCGUCGUCAUGUAA